AUGCUUUUCCCUUGCUAUCGUAUAGUUUUCCUAACUUUAAUUUCGUACAAAGUUCUGUUAAGAUAUAAAAAGAGAUCAAUGGUAAUCACAUCUUAAGCUGGUUAGUUUGGGAAUAGAAAUGAUAUUGAUAUUACCAAUUCCAACACCUUUUACAUAGAUGAUUAGAGUAUAUUUUAAUUAACGUUAUACAGGUGAGGUUAGAUUUUACUACUUGAAUGAAAUAUUAACCUAUAUCUUAACAUUCCGAGUUAUACUAUUAAUAAAAAUAACUUUAAAAUUUUCAUGCUUUUACAGCAGUCAAAUAGGGAGAUUAUGGUUCAAAUAUAUAUUCUAUUUUUAGUCGAGUUUACUCUACCAAUUUUGAUACUGAUUUAGUAUUUAAGUUAUGUAUGAAAUAUUUGCCAAGAUAGACUUUGAUGGGUUUAUUUUUAAGUGGAAUGGUUUUAUUUGGUUAUAGUUUAGAGUUAGCAGAGAGAGCUUUUUAUAGAGAUGAUAUCUAAAAUAGUAUACAUAGAGUGAUGUCAUCAUUGUGGGUAACUCUAACAACAAUAGCAACAGUUGGAUAUGGUGAAUUUUAUCCAACAACUGAUUUAGGUCGUAUAUCUAUGGCUAUAUGAGUUUUUUGGGGUGUUUCAUAUACAUCAUUAUUUACAGCAAUGUUAGAUUCAAUGUUUGAACGUUUAAAUUGUGAAGAGAUGGUUUGGGCAUUAUUAGAAAAGACUAAUGUUACAAUUAUUAUGAAAUAGAUGAGCUAGGAUUUACUUAUCAGAAUUUAAAAAAUAAAAAUAAAAAAGUAAGAAAAAAAUAGCAACAUUCACCUUUUCAAGAUUCAAUCAAUAAUUUAAGAUAAAUGAAAAGAUAAUACAGAAAUAUUGAUGGGGAAGACUCAAUGACUAAAGCAAAAAGAAAGUUUAAAGACAUAACUUUUAUGUUUCAUGAAUACUUUUAAUAAUUGAAGGAAUUUAAACGUUUGUAGUUAAUUAAUACAAUAAAUUAUUAUUAUGUGUAUGAAUCAAAGGUAAGUUUUAGUUAGAAAUAAAAUUCUAAUAAUUUAUAGACUAAUUAAACAGAUGAUAAAUAAAGUAAGGAUGAGGCCUUUUUUGAGAAAUUGUAAAAGGAAGAAUCUAAUUUAUAUGUAAUGAAGUUUCCUGAUUGA